AGAAGAUGAAGAGGGACGAAGAUGGAGGUCGAGGAGAAAAGAGGGUCAGAGUGCACCCACCUACACAGCAACAAGAAGGGAGGAGGAGGAGAGAUGACCAAGGUGGAAGAAAUUUCCAUGGUCAAAACCAACAAAAUGAUCGAAGAGUUGCUCCCAGAGAUAGACACUUCUACUGCAAGAGGUGCGGGAGAGAUCAUCCUGGUGUUAAUUGCGAUGGAAGCCUGACAAAAUGUUUCAAUUGUGGGAAGCUAGGGCACCGAACCUUCGAGUGUCUCUCAAAGACCAAUGGGGCACCAGUGCACCAGGUGCAAUACCGUGAUGGAGGAAGGCCAGAUAUGAACCAAGCUGGGCCAAAUGGAGGACAAAAUAACAACAACAAUACCGCCGCCAACAACAACAACCGCAACCCUCGAGGAGGAGGGGAGAAUAAUCGUGGCAAUGGCAAUGGCGGGAACAAUGGCAACGGCGGAAACAACGGCAACCGUCCGAACCAAGGGCGAAUCAUGGUGAUGAAUCAGGCCCAAGCCAAUGCUAAUGAUGUGGUUUCAGAUGAUUAUGAUUAUGAAGAUUGAUGUACUUGCUGCCCGAGUGUUCCGCUAGUUGCACACGUUUGAUUAAUUGUUAUUGUUUAAAUUUGUAAUCCAUAAACUUGUUAUAAGUUUUACCCGAUGGCUACUUGAAUUUAUGGUGGAUAGCCUGUGCACUCAAUCAUGUAUAGGUUGAGUGUGGCGGUGACACACCUGUUUUUCCAUUAAAGACUUCCGCUGUACUCUAAAUAUAUUUUAUAAUAAAGAUGUUUUCAUUUCA